GGUGUUCCCCGUUCUCUGCGCUGGGGUUCCCCCUCUGUGCUGGGGUUCCCGCCCAAGUGUCCAAGUACAUCAGGAUCCUGACUGAGCCUCGCCCAAAGUGGUGUUUAUCGACGAGUCCCAGACGGCCGCCCAGGAUGCCUCGAGUCCAGACAGCGGGCCGGACGAGGCCGCGUCCCCCCAGCCGACCUCCCCGCCGUCCGCAAGCAUGCCCCCUUUCCAACCCGCGUCCCCGCCGACUCGCUUGCGUCUGAUGAUGAUCUCGUCUGUGCUUGACCCGCCUCCUCCGCUUGGGCCGCCGAAAUGGCCCCUCGAAGACGAAGACGAGGCGUGUCUCUUCCGCCACUUCGUCCAGAAGCUGGCCGUAUGGCUUGAUCUGUGCGAUCCAAAUCAUACCUUUGAGACUGUCGUGCCGCAGCGGGCACGGGACAGCCCGAUUCUGCUGAACGCCAUGUUUGCGUUGUCAGCGCGGCAUCUGAGCCAGACCUGCAACGACGACCGGAAAUGGCAUUACCACGAGCUCGCGGGCAGAUACAAUUAUGCCUGCAUCAAGAUGAUCAACAGCCUCUUGGGAGACGCCAGGUAUCAGUCUAGCUGGACCGAGCACCUCUUCGCUGCUGCGAUUAUCCUUCAGGUUAUGGAGGAAAUGAACGCUGCGCUGCCUGUUGAUACUGCCAACCAGGCGGCUGACCAGGGCCACCUCCCGGGUAUGUACCGCUUUGUGGAGACCGAGUUUCUCGAGCCCGGGACCCUUGGGGCUGCGUCAUUCUGGGUUGCCCUGCGGCAGGAGAUCUACAGUGCCGUCACCAAGAGACAGCCUGUGCGCUUGAACCUCGACCACCCCGAUCUGGUCGAUAGGUCACUUGAGCAGACGGACGAGUACACCUGGGCGAACCGGGCGAUAGUCCACUGCGCAGAUGUGCUGAACUUCUGCUUCAACCCCGAACGCCGCCCCUCCCUCCGCCGGUGGGAGGAGCUAUUCCGGUGGAACCAAGGUUGGUCCGAGAGGCAACCGCGGUCUUACCGCGAACCACUCUUCCGACAACACCGAGAUUCAGCUGUGUUUCCGGAGAUCUGGUAUCAUCGAAGUUGUCAAGUGAUCGGUGUCCAGCAUCAUCUCCUCGCCAAACUCUUCUUGUUGGACCAUCGCAUCCGGUCGGGCAGCCCUGUGACCGCCGGCGAGAGUGAUGAGGUCCAGGAAGUUAUCCGGAAGACCGUCCGGGAGAUAUGCGGUAUCGGCUAUGGGAAUCAGUGGACGCCCCCGGGGAUCUUUACGGCCUGCAUGGCCAUAUCAGCGUUCGGCGCCUAUUUUCGCAGUGUCGAGGACCAAGACGCAAUGCUCGCAAUCUUAGAACAAACCGAAAAGAAUCACGCCCGACCAACUGAGGGCGUAAUACUAGAUCUGCUUCAGAUCUGGGGACGCCAUGACUUGUUGGUGAGGAGGACGCGAGCCGCUCACUGGACUCAGAGGUGUGCUUGUUCAUUCAGACUGACUGGUGAAGACGGAGAGACAAGCCAGGAAGACAAGCGAUAAACAACAAAUGGGGAGCCAGGGUCCCGGGUAAUGGACGACUC